CGAUCAAAAUCAUGGUCUUUCACUUCCUAUCCCAUGUUUAGCUUCUGGGUGAUUUUCAAAAACAUUUUAAUUUCUAAGCUUGGUGCUUGAUGGGUGGUUUGGUGGUAUAUUUAUAUUGUUUUUCAUGCGUAUUUUUUGUGGUUAUUCGUUGCAAUGAUUUAGUGUGGUGUGGUCUAACCUGGUAUGGAGUGGAUUUUUGAUCCAUUCUCUCUAAGAAAGGGCCUGCUCUGACCGUUUCUCUCGCCUUAUUUUUAUCAUCGUAUUUAAAUAGAUGAAAUCCAAAAUCUUGCUUGAUUUUUUCUACUUUUCUAAGUUUUCUUCUCUUCUGUUUAUGGAGAGUUUUGGAUGGAGUCCACAAGCUCUUCUCUCCUAUCUCCGGAUACACUGGUCAUAAAGACUCCUAAGAAAUCUCCACUAUUAUUGACGAUGGUGGUGUUGGUUUUUGCCAUGGUUUGUGGGGUUUAUAUUUGCGCCAUAUGUCUAAAGCAAACAAGCAACAACACAAAAGCCAAGUUCUUGAAGUUCCAAGUAAUAAACCAGGCCUCUCCUUCUUUUGGCAUUGAGCCGUGGGAGAUUCCCUAUGUGCAUUACCCAAAACCCAAAACCCAUAGCAGGGAGGAAUGUGUGUGUAAUGGGGUCCGCUAUUUUGCCAUCUUGUCUAUGCAAAGAUCCGGGAGUGGAUGGUUUGAGACAUUGUUAAAUAGUCAUAUUAAUGUAAGCUCAAAUGGAGAAAUAUUUUCGAUUGGAAAUAGAAGGAAUAAUAUUUCUUCAAUUCUGAGUACAAUGGAUAAAGUAUAUAACCUGGACUGGUACAGUAGUGCUUCCAAGAAUGAGUGCUUGGCUGCAGUUGGCUUCAAAUGGAUGCUUAAUCAGGGUUUGAUGGAACAUCAUAAAGAUAUUGUAAAGUACUUCAAGAAUAAAGGUGUUUCUGCAAUAUUUCUCUUCCGUAGAAAUCUGCUCCGAAGAAUGAUAUCUGUGCUUGCAAAUUCGUAUGACAGGGAUGCCAAGCUUUUAAAUGGAACCCACAAGUCCCAUGUGCAUUCAACAGAGGAGGCUCAGAUACUUGCAAAAUACAAGCCUACUGUCAAUGCCACUCUACUGCUGCCUGAUCUGAAGGAAGCAGAGGAAACAAUCACCAAGGCUUUAGAAUACUUCAAAAGCACUAGACAUAUUGUUCUUUACUAUGAGGAUCUGAUCAACAACCGGACUAAACUUAAAGAUGUUCAAGAGUUCCUGAGGUUGCCAUAUAGGGACCUUAGCAGCCGUCAGGUUAAGAUACACAGUGGGAACUUGUCAAAGCAAGUUGGGAACUGGGAUGAUGUCCAAAAGGCACUUAAGGGAACAUCAUAUGAGGGAAUGCUCCAUGCAGACUAUCAAAUGUAGUUUGCAGCAGCAGUUGAAGAGAUGUAAAUAACAGCCUCAAAAUUAAUUUUGCCAAAAGAAGGAAAUAGAAGUCAUUAAGAGUUUUGGCUGCCCCAAGGGUUGGAUGCUGCCUUCUUCUUUGAUUAGUUCUUUAUUGACCCUUGCUUCUCACAUGUUUACCUGUUCUGUACUGAUUAGGGUGCACCACUGCAGAAUGUGUUAUUUCACAGUAAACACAUUCCUCUAGUGCACAAAUUUUUCUUGUUCUUAUAUGAAAGAAACCAAGGAGGGAGUCAGUUGUGUGUAACUUAUUUCCCACUCGUUUAAAUGAGCAACCAAAUUCCAAGUGUAACCGUAUUGAUAAUUGCUCUAACAAUUAAGGUCCCAGCAUAUACCAUUUUCAAGGGAACAGCUGAACCUGCAAACUGUAAGAUUAACUGAUGUUUCCAUUCAUGUUAUUCCAUAUGGUGCUUCAAUAAAAUGUGCUUACAUUAAGUGAUUGCCU